GUUGCAUUCAUCCCACCUGCACGCUGGCGAGCAUAUUGUUUCUUGUUCACCUCUCAAUCCACUACCUCCCUGCAAGUUAGCUUCUCACCUUGUAUAAUAAUUGCCUAGCCCCCAUGGCCUCCACAGUUGACAUCGCAUCCUCUUUCAUCGAGGGUGCCCCGCCCGGAGAGCUUGCAGAUGUCGUCGCAGAUGUCAAGUCCCUGACCUCCGACGGCCCCGAUAUCAUCCCCUCUCUGGCCCCGGCCUUCGAGCGCUACAAUGAGACACAGUUGGCGACCGUGAAGCUUCCAGGCGCCAGUCAGGAGGUCUUGAUCUCCGAAUACAACAAGUUGGAAGGGAACCGGUACUUUGAUGUGGAGAGCCAGACGUCUUUCGAGGUGGACCAUGUCACUCAGGAAGCCUCCGCUGCGCAAUCAUAUGUUCUCGAGUCGCAGAACGCCGACUUGAUCAAAUCUCUUCUCAAGUCACUUGGCGCUCACGCCCUCGAACACUACCGGAAUUGCUCGUACGGUGUCUACCCUAUUGAGGAGGACAGCGCCGUCGCUAUUGUCCUUGUCGCCAACCGCUACUCCCCUAAUAACUUCUGGAACGGUCGCUUCCGCUCGAUCUACACUGUUCCCGUCUCGUCGGAGUCGACCACGAUCUCGGGUAAGAUCCAGGUGGAUGUGCACUACUAUGAGGACGGAAACGUGGCGCUCAACACGACCAAGCCGAUCAGCCUGUCCGUGACGUCUUUGGAUGCGGGGGCCAUCGUCUCGCGCAUUGCCGGAGCAGAGCGGGACUACCAAGAAGACUUGAACCGAGCUUUCGUACAGAUGGCCGAAGGAUCGUUCAAGGGACUGCGCAGACAGUUGCCCAUUACACGGCAGAAGGUCGAGUGGGAGAAGGUUGGGGGAUACCGCCUGGGACAGGACAUCUCUGGCGGAAAGGGACGGUAGACGGUAGGUUCAGCGUGACCUUUUUAAACCAGCGUUCUUGUGUGUAGCGGGUAACUAGUGUUGUUAGUUCUUCACCAACUAGGCCAGUAGAUAUGCAGAGGGAAUGUAGAUAAGCGGGAUGCGCGAUCCCGAU